AUGAACCCAUUGAAGUGUGCAUUUGGAGUUUCAGCCGGGAAUUUCUUGGGGUUCUUGGUACAUAAACGAGGUAUUGAAGUUGAUCAGAAUAAGGUCAAAGCUAUUAUAAAUGCUAGGGCCCCAGCCAACAAAAAACAAGUGCAAAGGUUCCUCGGCCAGGUAGGUUUUCUUAGAAGAUUUAUUUCUAACCAUGCUGGCCGAGUGCAUGUCUUUUUGACUUUAGUGAAAUUAAAGUCACAUGAGAAAUUUCAUUGGGACGAAUCCCAUCAGAAGGCCUUUGACAAAAUAAAAGAGUAUUUGGCAAACCCCCCGGUUGUAAUGCCUCCAAGAAAGAAGUGGCCGUUAAAGCUUUAUUUAUCAGCCGCAGAAGAAUCAAUUGGUAGUAUGCUCGCACAAGACAAUGAACAUGGAAAGGAGCAGGCUGUCUACUACCUGAGUAGAGUACUAACUGAUGUAGAAUACAGAUAUUCCUCAAUUGAGAAGCUUUGUUUAUCUUUGUACUAUUCGGCCAUGAAGUUGAUAGUAUACAUGCGGCCUGUUGAUGUUUACAUUCUUUGUCAGACUAACGUGAUCAAGUAUAUGCUAUCAAGGCCAUUGAUCACUGGCCGAAUAGUAAAAGGAAGGGUUCUGGCUGAUUUUUUGGCCGAUCAUCCUUCAACUGAUAUUGAUCCAUGGGUUUAUGAUGAAUUGGAGUCAUCAGCUAUAUUCUUAACUCCUUGGAUCUUGAUGUUUGAUAGAUCAAGCACGGCUGAUGGAGCAGGAGCAGGUAUUGUUAUUAUUUCGCCAGCUGGCAGAAAGGCUUCAUUCUCUUUCUUUUUAGAUUUUAAAUGUUCAAAUAAUCAGGCCGAAUAUGAAGCGCUUAUAAUCGGCCUGGAGAUUUUAAUUGAAAUGGCUGUUAGAGAUGUAAAGAUUUUGCGAGAUUCAAACUUAGUCCUUAGCCAAAUUUCUGAAGAUUUUAAUUGCCUAAGUUGGCAAUUAAGGCCGUUUCAUUCUCUGGCCACUUCAUUAAUUAAUCAAUUUGAUAAUGUUCAACUUAAGUUCUGGCCGAGAGGGCAGAAUAAGGAGGCCAACAGCAUGGCCCAAGUAGCCUCUAGAAUAAGAGUACCAGCCGGAAUAGAAGAUCAGUUAAUAAAGAUAACACGAAGAUCUUUGCCAUCGGCCGAAUUGAGAAAUACUAUGUUGUUUGAUACUUGGACAAUUGAUGUAGAAGAUUUGGCCGACGAUGACUGGAGGAUACCAUUUAUAAUGUUUCUUCGAAAUCCAAACAUCAAGGCUGAUAGAAGUAUUAAAAGAAAAACGAUCAACUUUGUGCUUCUAGACGGGGAUCUAUACAGAAAAGGGUUAGAAGAUGGGCUCUUACUACAAUGUAUAAGCAAGGAGGAAUCACUUCAGGUUAUGGCCGAGGUACAUGAGGGCAGCUGUGGGGCUCACCAAGCUGGGAUUAAAAUGAGAUGGUUGAUUCGCAGGUAUGGAUAUUAUUGGCCGAGGAUGAGGAAAGAUUGCAUAAAUUACUCAAAAGGUUGUCAAGCUUGUCAAAGACACAGGCCGAUUCAAAAUGUACCAGCAAAAGAAUUACAGCCAAUAAUCAAACUUUGGCCAUUCAGAGGUUGGGGCCUUGACCUUAUUGGUAAAAUUAAUCCACCAUCAAGCGAAGGCCAUCACUGGGUGAUUGUUGCCACAGAUUAUUUUGCUAAAUGGGUUGAGGCCAAGGCUUGCAAAGCGCCAGCGACGGUCGAUAAGGUUCAGUUGGCUGAUCCUAUUAAGCAAGAAUAUGGUAAUGGCCUUAAGCGAAUAGGUCGACCAAUGUACAAAAAGCCAAAAUCAGCCACAUCCGACACUCAAACAUCUACCAUAUCUGCCAAAAAGGGAGCAGAUGAUGAAGUCAUGGAGGUCGACAAUGAUAUUUUCAUACCAGGUAGUAAUGUGAUCGGCCAGGCUCCCAAAAGGAAGGUUGAUGAAGGGAAUCAGCCUAAGGUUACCGAGAGUACACCAUCAGCCAUUCCGAAUGUUAAGGCUCUCAUACAACACGAGAAAGCUGAAGUCAUCAAAGAAAAUGACUAUUCAAAAACAUGGGAUAGCGUACUUUCAGAAGCUCCAUGGGAGUAUAAAAAUUCAAGAGGAUCAGCCAUCAGAAAAGCUCCAUACUGGCAGAAUUUUGUUCUUUCAAAACAGAAGCCAGUUAGAUCGGCCCAAAUGACAUUACAUAACUGCUUGAUCCCGGCCGAUCACGAUCAUGCCUUACUAGUAGAGUUGGGAAACUUCAAUGGUGAGGUCUAUCAUGGGUUUAUAAAUAGCCAAUAUUUUGAGGGGUAUCAGCCAGCUUUAAGGGAAUAA